AUGGUCAUAAAUCAUCAGCAAACUUAUUUCAAUGUUUCAUAUUUGAGAUGUGCAUUCAUCAAGGAGAGAUUUCAUUUCAAUGAUUCUCCACUCUCUGAUGAGGAAAAAGACUUCCCUUUAGCGUACGGAAUAUUGGUUCAUCGAUGGUACAUACAAGUAUACUAUUUGUUAAGUGCUAUCUAUCAUCCACAAAACGCCUAUUGUAUUGUAAUCGAUAAUAAGACUUCAAGAAAAUUCAAGCAAACAAUAUUCCUGUUAGGCGAAUGCUUUCGAAACGUUCAAGUCAUUGUGAGUGAGGGAAUUUGCUUUUUGUUUUCCAUUGAUUGA